CGUCGAUCGCGUCCAAGUCUUCGACUCGACUGCUUGCCCGCCGUCCUCGGCGCGUCUCAUCUAGUCUACCCUUGCUGGCUGGUCUACUACGAGGGAUUUCUCCAGGAUGAAUGUCUCUCGGUCCUAUCCAUCGACUGUGACCAGCGUCUCGUUCUCGUUCCUGACCACCGAGGACGUGCGACGCAUCUCGGUCAAGCAAAUCGUCAAUCCUGUCCUCUUGGAUGACCUCAACAGGCCGAACAUUGGUGGUCUCUACGACCCUGCCCUCGGGCCAAGUGACAAGCAGGAUAUUUGUGCAACAUGUCGGCUCACCUACUUCACUUGUCCGGGACACUUCGGACACAUCGAGCUACCGGCGCCCGUCUUUCAUCCACUCUUCAUGGGGAACAUGUAUCACCUACUCCGGGGAGCAUGCUUGUUCUGUCAUAGGUUCAAGGUGGAACGCAAAGUUCUGUGCAAAUAUGUAGCCAAGCUCCGCCUCCUGGAGCACGGUCUUCUGAUAGCCGCACAGACGCUCGACGACAUCCAUGUCGCGACGAAGGCCGGCCGCAGGGCCAAGGACAUCGAAGAAGAAGAAGAGGAGAAUACGGAGAGUGACCAUGCAUUUGAGCAGAGGAUCAACACAUAUGUCGCCAUCCACCUCGCUACGGCGUCGAGUAGCAAGCGUGACUCCUACAAGGAUGGUCUCGUUUACCAGGCUCGCAGGGAGCUUAUUGACGAGUUCCUCAAAACUACGAUGCUGAAGAAGUGCAGAAACCCUAAAUGCGGAGCUUUCGCCUACACUUUCCGGAAGGAAGGAUACACGAAAAUCAUCGAGUACGACCUCUCAACCAAGCACAGACAACAGCAUGCCUUUUUGAACUUGAAACGGCCGAACGUCUUGCUCGAUCAACAAAAGGAAAGGGCUGCUGCUCAUCGGCAGCGGCAACAGCAACGGAGUACCAGUCCCCACGACAGUUCCUCUGAGGAAUCGGAUCCUGAAGAGGAACCAGAGGGCGAAGAUGUCUUCUCCGACGCCGACGAAGACCAGGACAUGGACGAUGUCCACGCCGGCACCGCGAAGUCCGCAAGCGGCAAGGCGAAAUCCAAGCGCGGACGAAACGAGCGCGUCAUGCCGCCCGAAGAGUGUCGUGCCCACCUGCGCCGGCUCUUCGCAAAUGAGCCCGUAAUAUGCUCCCUCCUAUACGGUCGACAUGGCCCCUUUGCACCCAUGACGGUCAACAAGCUCUCGCUUGCAAGUGCAGACAUGUUCUUCCUCGAGGUUCUUCCCAUUAGCCCUACGCGCUUUCGACCGCCAGCAAAGAUGGCAGACAUGCUGUUUGAGCAUCCGCAGAAUGAGCUGCUUGCCAAGGUGUUGAACACGUCGUACAGGCUGAGGGACCUUACGGAGACCUUGAAGAAGGCAGGUGUGAAGAGCCCAGAGAAUGAUGUCGACGAGACCGCGCGGCGGAGGAUUCUGCAGAGCCUCCUGGACACGCUCAUACAGCUCCAGGUGGACGUGAACAGCUUUAUCGAUAGUAGCAAGAACCCCGCACCGGCGAGACAAGGAAGGCUACCUCCGGCUGGAGUCAAGCAGGGCCUGGAGAAGAAAGAAGGGUUGUUCCGCAAGCAUAUGAUGGGCAAGCGAGUCAACUACGCCGCGCGUUCAGUGAUAUCUCCGGACGUCAACAUCGAGCCCAAUGAGAUCGGCAUUCCUCCUGUGUUUGCACGCAAACUCACUUUCCCUGAGCCCGUCACGCCUGUCAACUUUCAUGAACUAAGGAUGCUCGUCAUCACUGGGCCGCAUGGAUACCCCGGUGCUACCAUGGUCGAAUACGAGGAUGGGCACUUACUGUUCCUCGACAAGCUGAGCAUCGAGCAGCGUACCGCCGUCGCGAAUCAGCUCCUCACACCGCAGGAGGGCAAUCAUGGCUCCACGAGUCGCGCGGGACUGUUCACGCGUACACAGGCAAUCAACAAGAAGGUGUAUCGGCAUCUGCGCGACGGAGACAUCCUCAUUCUCAACCGGCAGCCAACUCUGCACAAACCUAGUAUGAUGUGUCACAAGGCGAGGGUAUUGCAUGGGGAGAAGACGAUCCGGAUGCAUUAUGCGAAUUGGUGCAUGAACAUCCAUUUCCCUCAGAAUCAGGUCGCCCGAGCGGAGGCAUAUUACAUCGCCAAUACUGACAAUCAGUACCUUGUGCCGACGUCAGGCAAGCCGCUCCGCGGGUUGAUCCAGGAUCACGUCGUCGCCGGCGUGUGGAUGACUGCCCAAGACACUUUCUUUAGCCGUGAAGAGUAUUUCCAGCUGCUCUACGGUGCGAUCCGCCCGGAAGACAGCGCCGGGCAUAUCAGUGGUCGUUUGGUAACUCUCCCUCCAACUAUAUGGAAGCCGAAGCCGCUUUGGACGGGCAAGCAGAUCAUAUCCACUGUCCUGAAAAAUAUCACUCCACCGGACUACGAGGGGCUCAACCUGCACGCAUCGGCCAAGGUGCCCGGGCAUCUUUGGGGCAAGGAUUCUCAGGAGGACAAGGUCGUCUUCAUGGACGGAGAGCUUCUUUGCGGUGUCUUGGAUAAGUCCGCUUUUGGUGCCUCCGACUACGGCAUGGUCCACUCUGUGUACGAGCUGUACGGAGCUGACGUCGCCGGCACUCUUCUUGGCAUCCUGAGCCGCCUCUUCACCAAGUUUUUGCAGCACCGGGCGUUCACAUGCCGCAUGGAUGAUCUUUCGCUUACGCCGGAGGGUAACGCUAGGCGUACAGAUAUCAUUCAGAUGGGUGCUGGAUUAGGGACAGAGGGUGCGAUCGACAACUUCCCUUCCCUGGCCGACGUCUCGGCAGAGGAGAAGCCUACCAUUCUCCGCUCAUUGCUUGAAGACGUGCUGAGAGAUGACAACAAGAUGGCCGGUUUGGAUAUGACCGUGAAGGGCAAGCUGAACAAGCUCACCAAAUCGAUCGCGGACGCCGUCAUGCCUCAUGGUCUACUGCGACAGUUCCCCCAUAACCAUAUGCAGGCGAUGACACUCUCGGGUGCAAAGGGCAGUGCGGUCAACGCCCAGCAAAUCUCAUGCGCGUUGGGUCAGCAGGAGCUCGAAGGCCGCCGUGUACCUGUCAUGGUCAGCGGCAAGACCCUCCCGUCGUUCAAGCCGUUCGAAACGAAGGCCAUCGCUGGUGGCUACGUGGCGAGCCGUUUCUUGACGGGCGUGAAGCCGCAAGAGUUCUUCUUCCACUGCAUGGCCGGGCGUGAGGGUCUCAUUGACACUGCCGUGAAAACAUCACGAUCCGGAUACCUGCAGCGCUGUCUCAUCAAGCAUCUAGAGGGCAUCCGUAUUCACUACGACAAUACCGUGCGAGGUAGCGAUUCUUCCAUCUACCAAUUCCAUUACGGUGGAGAUGCCCUGGAUGUCACGAAACAGAAGCACUUGCUUCAAUUCGAAUUCAUCGUGCGGAACGAACAGACUCUUGUCAAUCGCUAUAAACCCAAGACGUUGCAAGAGGUCGUCACGGAAGAGGCCGACUCUUACAUGAAGAAGGUGCUCAAGUGCAAGGAUAAGGCUCAACGCGAUAUGUACAAGCCCGCGCUCUCUAUCUACAACCCCAGUCGAUGCCUUGGUAGCACGUCCGAGAAGUUCGCAGAAAAAGUUGAAGAGUACGCGAAGAAGAAUCCCCACGGUCUAUUGAAGAAGAAGGACAAGGAUGAGGUCUUGCCUAUCCGUCGUCGCAGAACGCCACUGAGUGUAAAGCACUUCAAGUUGUUGAUGAAAGUGAAGUAUAUGCGCAGCCUAGUCGAGCCUGGAGAAGCGGUGGGCCUACUCGCUUCCCAAGGUGUCGGUGAACCUUCUACACAGAUGACGCUUAACACGUUCCACUUUGCUGGUCACGGUGCUGCAAACGUCACCCUUGGUAUCCCGCGCCUCCGUGAAAUCGUGAUGACAGCGUCUCAGAAACCGAAGACUCCGUCAAUGACCAUGAAAGUCCGAUCAAACGUACCUUCCUCGGAGAUCGAUAUGUUCUGCAAGAAGGCCACCCGGUUGGCCCUCUCCCAUGUCGUCGAUAAAGUCAUCGUCAAGGAGCGCCUUACUGUCAAUGGUAGUGCCCGAAGCAAAGAGUUCACUAUCGAGCUAGCCUUCUAUCCCAAGACCCAGUAUCAAGCAGAGUAUGACGUCGAGCCGUCGGAGAUAUUGGCAGUUUUCGGCACGAAAUUCCCUCUUCUACUCAAGAAAGAGCUGCAAGCGGAAAUGAAGAAGCUGGAUGCAGAGCUGAAGAAUCAGAUGAAGGAGCUUGGGAAGGGCACCGCAGUCCGGGAUGUUGCGCCCUCCGGUCGAGGGGAGGCAGGUGAGGAAGAUGCGGACGAGACCGGUGAUCGUCGGACGCGCAAAGACGAUGAUGAUGCCAGUGAAGUGGGAGAUGGAGAUGCUACUGCUGCUAAAAGGCAGCGGCAAGGCAAAGAACAGGCUACCUAUGAAGACGAUGAAGAAGAAGACGAGGAAGCAGUUGCCCUGGGCGAGUAUGACGAUGCGGACAUCGAAGCAGCGUUUGCGUCAGCCAGCGAGGAGGAAGAUGAAGGAAUGGAUGUAGACGAAGACACAGAGCAGGCACAUGCUCGGAAGCGUCUCGAUGAGGAGGUUUCUAGAGUCGAGGGCCUCUUCAUACAGAAUUUGCCAAGCACCACGUCCUUGUCCUUCUGCGAUUCUGGCUGCAGCAUUAGACUACAGUUCGAUUCCUCCAUGCCAAAACUCCUCCUUGUAGGGAUAGUGGAGAAGACCUGUGUUAAGACACUCACUACCAACGGGUCGAACAUUCCCGGACUCUGGCGUUUUGCGUGCGCGGAAUCGAACCCGAUGAUCGAAGAAGACGGAGUUUACUCAAAUGAUAUCUACGCUGUCCUGUGCGCAUAUGGCGUAGAGGCGGCGAGGGCUGUCAUCCUCCGCGAGAUUGGCGGGGUCUUCGCUGUGUAUAAAAUUGACGUGGAUCAACGCCACUUGGAGUUGAUCGCUGAUUACAUGACGUUUGACGGCGGGUACAAGCCUUUCAAUCGCAGAGGCAUCUCAACUAGUCCAUCGCCUUUGCUGAAAGCUUCCUACGAAACAACCGCUGCGUUCCUGUCUGAUGCUACGCUGCAUGGUGACUUCGACGACCUGACAACGCCGUCUGGCAAUAUCGUGAUGGGACGACUGAAUCUGACAGGGACAGGGGUAUUUGACAUUGUAAUGCCUGUGAGCCCGAAUAGCGUCUGAGUGGAUAUCGCGCGUGUAGCUAUGUAGCCCUAUGAUACAAAAGUACUAGUAGACUUUUCACGAUUUGACGCUCCCUGUAUCCAUGAUGCAAACGCCCAUAGGACUGUUGGAGGGCCAUGAUGCAUCAACGAUCGCACGGACGAUCGGGAACAGUAUCGCGGGUUCUCCAGUGACAUAAGC